UAGGCGCAUCGCAGUGUCCGUCGUUCAUUUCAACGGAUCAGUCAAUUAUUUAGCUUAAAAAUGUUGGGGCGGAUUUAUCCGCUGGCGGUGUUGUUAGUAUUCGCUGAUGUUGUUACGAAAGCAUCAUGCACAGAGAAAGGGAGUUUGACUUUUGUAAUAGAUGACACUCUCUCGAUGACGGAUGACAUAAAUCAAGUCAAAAGCAGCGUAAACCGGAUCAUGGAUAUCGUGUUCAAUGAGAAGGCUAGCGUGAUCAGCAACAUGGUGCUCGUCACAUUCAAUGACCCAGAUGCACAUCUGAGAACGGCGACUAACAAUCGUAACGAAUUUAACCGAGCAUUGGCAGCGGUUUACGUUCACAACAAUCGUAACUAUGACUGCCGAGAAUAUUCUAUGAAAGGAUUGAUUCUUGCUUUGGAAAGCAGUAGCCGUCACUCCCACUUAUACGUGUUCACCGAUGCUACAGCCAAAGAUUAUGAUAAAGCUAACAUUGUCAAAGAAUUGUGUCAGAAAAAGCAAGCUCAGAUUUCUUUUGUGAUAACCGGCCGUUGUACCUGGCAUUACCCAGAUGAAAUUAUGCAUUAUUAUUAUGAUAUAGCCCAGGCGUGUUCCGGCCUGGCAUAUGAAGUAGACAAAAAUGCAGUUUCAGAUAUACUCAAACCAAUAACCGAUAUUAUAAGUGGCGAAAAGAUUCUAAUUACUUCAACGACUAUUCCAGCCAAUGUUUAUAAAGAUAUCCCGUUCGAUGUAGAUGACCAAACCGAAUACGUCAUUGUUUCCGUAUCGGGUAAGGACGUGUACCUGAGAGUAACUGGACCCAACGCUAGACAAGAGAACUUAAUGUGGAAUGCCAAUGGCAAAGUGGUGAAGUUGGUCAACGUACAGUCGGGCAAGUACACUGCUACCGUGAGAGGUGCAUCGCAGACAUCCGUCGUCAUAGUGGGCAGGUCUGAUUUCCUCUUCAAUCAUGGUUUCUCGGUGCUGAAGCCCAAGUCACUCAGCGACACGUCUCUCCAACCAAUCGCCAAUACAAAUGUCCACCUGUCAGUAUUAGUUACUGAUAAACGCCAAACAGUGGAAAUAUUAAGUGCGCGGAUCUUAGGAAUGGACGAAAAUCCGAUUAGACCAGAUCUUCCUUUGACCAAAAUUUCUAAAGAUUUUUACGUUACACCAGCUUUAGUUACUCCCACAGAUAGGUUUAAAGUGGAAGUGAUUGGGAGAGUGAGAGCAACGGGUCGCACUAUAAAGCGUAUCGCGAAGAUUCCCAUCACGCCCCAGGAACCACCAAUAAAAUUACCCGACAAACAAGUCCCCAAGCCGGUGAUAUCUGAGGGCAGAGAAACAACAGUAGAAUACAAUAGUUCGUUGAAAUUAACUUGCAAAGUGACCGCAUUCCCUGAGCCUAAAAUAUCUUGGUAUAAUAAAAAGGGACAACAAAUCGAUUCUAAAAGUUCAAUGGUUGAAUACCCGUAUGAUUACAUAAGUUAUCUGGAGACGCCUGUCACAAAACAAGAUACGACAUAUACUUGCAUAGCAGUGAAUGAUAUGGGAAGUAAUGGAGCUUCAAUUAAAGUCAAAGUAAAAGACGCUUUCACUGUAGUUAAUAAUGUCAGUCCAAAGGUGAACAUGGAAUACGGCAAACCGGGAACUCUCAAAUGUGACAUCAAAUCGCGACUCCCCAUGGACAUCCGUUGGUACUAUAUGGAUGAACUAACUGGAAUAAAGAAGGAAGUAACUAAUUCUCACGAGAUCACAAUGUCAGCAGACAAAACCGGACUAACAAUAAAGAAAGUAGAUUUGAAUUCAGCUGGAAAAUAUAUCUGUAUCGCUUCUCUAGUAAACGACAGGAAUGUAAGAAAGCAAUUGACUCAACGAGUUGAAGUAACUGGUAUAGCUGCACCGAAAAUACAAAUGCCAGCCAACGUAAAAGCGGUCAAGGGUAAAGCUGUCACAUUGGAAUGCAAAGUAAGUGGUGUACCAAAACCGACCAUUAAAUGGCAGUUUAGAGGCAAAUCUGGUUCCAAAUUUGUACCACUGGCUGAGACUGGAAGCGUGCUACGUAUCAAUAAUGUAGAAGCCAAACACGAUGGUCAAUACAAGUGUGUGGCAGAAAAUGCAUUAGCCAAGGAUGAGAAGGUUACAACAUUAAUCGUUCAAGAAACACCAAAGAUAGUAUCCAGACCAACUACUACGUAUCAAAGUACUGAAGGAGACGCUAUUUUGAAGAUACCAUGUGUCGCCGUUGGAGACCCAAAACCAACUAUCACCUGGAAAAUGGAUGGUCGGCCCAUUGCAGUGCCAAGUUCCAAGUAUGUGGUAGAAGAUGGGGCACUUAUAAUUAAAUAUCCGACAGUAACAGAUACCAAAUCGUACGAAUGUGUAGCUACAAAUGAGGCCGGCUCAGUAUCCACGACAUUCAAAACUUUCAUACGACAGAAACCACAAGUUGCAGGUGUUGCUACUAAGAAGGUCUACCUCGGGAUGCCCGUUGAUAUCGAAUGCAAGAUUGUCAAGGGUUGGCCGAAACCGAACAUAAGAUGGUUCGUGAAUAACUCGGGAAAACAAUUUGUGCCAAUCGCCGGAACGCUAGACGUGAUGCAUAUUGCGAAGGCUGAGAACAAACACACAGGUCGCUACAAGUGUGUGGCACAGAACGAAGCUGGCACGGCCGAACACAUCACUAGUCUUACUGUGGAAUCACGACCAGAAAUCGUGACAAAGCCUAAACCAGUAGAAGCCAUAGAAGGCGAUCUAGCAAUAAAGAUACCUUGCGAUGUGGUAGGCGUUCCACGACCUGUUAUCACAUGGAAACUCAAAGGAGCUGUCAUCAAACCCAAUUCAAAAUAUUCGUUUGACAACGGAUCCUUGGUUAUCCAGAAACCGAAUAAAAGUGAUGUUGCAAAAUACACAUGUGAAGCUAAUAACUAUCUUGGGUCAGCCAGCUCCACGACCGACCUUACAUUUGAAAAACGACCCAGCACCUUCGGAACAAAACAUUUCGUGUACCUAUUAUAUGGUGAAAAUAAGAAUAUCGAAUGUGAGGCGUAUCGAUCUAAAUCUCAAACGCUUAAAUGGUUCGAUAAUGAAGGAGAGUUGAAUAAAAAAUCCAUUCAAAUAACUAAAGCAUCAGUUUCAAAUGACGGCAACUACACAUGCCACGUGAGUGACAAGCAGGGACACACAGAAACACACACAUACAUCGUGAAUGUGGGCGCCACCAAACUAUUGGCAGAUAAUCCUCUCAAUGAUUGGCGCGGUGAAAUACAAGAAAUCCAAUCUAACUGCGAUAGUGACGCAAAACCACAAGCUACAGUUCAAUGGAAAUACAAUGGUAAAGUGAUACCUGAUAGAGAUGUGCAGGAUCUAGGAGUCAUCUACAAAUGGGGUCAUUAUACUUGCAACGUCUCUAAUCCACACGGCUUUGUAUUGAAAGAGUUUGACGUAAAGUCUUCUGUGUGCUUGAUACCCAAAAACUUGAAAGACGCCGAGUAUAUGCCCCUCGUACUUGACAACAGUGGUGCUUGGCCUACAUGGGAGACCACUAAAUAUUUCUCAGUAGUAGAACAAGAAGAAAUAAUUACACUGUCUUGUCCAAACCAUAAAGAUGCUUCGAACUCCUUCAAAAAGUUCCCAUCGAAGACCAAACUAAAAGCAUAUUGUAACAAAGAAGAUGUAUUUAUGGUAGACGGAAAAAUGUAUAAACUGUCUGAUCUGCAGUGCACACAAGGAGUUCGACCUAGCGUUGCCAAAAAGAACGCUAAGUGCUUAAAAGGCAAUUCUGAAUUAAUAAAAGUUGGAUACAACAUUGGUGGUUUCUUGGAAUCUUAUGAAGUCUGCUUUGACAACGAUGUACGAAUGCCACGAUACAUUCGCAACAUCGUAACAGCAAAGAAUGAUAAGCUCAGUACUACAGACGUCUGGCGCACCUACCCUGGUAUUGAUAAAGGUCAUAAUGAGAAGGCGUUUACUUGUAAAAAUAAACUGUCAUCCUGCUGUUACGCAAAAUCACAGCUGGUGGAGGCCAAAGACUUCAAAUAUGCUGCUGAGAUGAACACUACAUUUAUCGAUCCUCUGAAUGUAGUUCCAGCCUGGCGCCCUUGUAGUGCUUCUCAGACGUCAUGGGCAUCUAUUAACAAAAUGGUAAGAGAGCAGGCGUUCUACGAUGAAUUUGUCGUCUGGUCUGGAACUGACACAUGGCAGAAGAAGAAUGGCGCUGUUAUACCACGAUAUUUAUGGAAAGUAAUUCGUUUUGAUGAUGAUGAAAUUUAUGCUAUCGUCCACGUGAAUGAUCGUGCACCAACAGACUCGGAUAUUAAAUGUAAAAACGUCUGUAACAGUGAAUCUGAACCAUGGUUCAAAGUCAGUGACAAGUACACGUACUGCUGUUCACUGCCAGAUUUCUUAAAGGCAUUCGAUUAUCGUGACACUGAUAUUGGAGGACCGCUUAGCGAUGCAGAUUAAAUUACUUUAUUCGCUGUGAAGCUGUGGUAGAUUUCCCGAUAUAAUAUCACUACAUAGUAUUAAACAAAGUCGCUUUCUCUGACCCUAUUUCCCCUUGUAUGCUUAAAUCUAUAAAACUACGCUACGGAUUUUGAUGCGGUAUUUUUUAAUAGAUAGAGUGAUUCAAGAGGAAAAUGUAUAUGUGUAAUACAUGCAUAAUAUAUCACCAUUGCACCCAUAGGAAGCUGGGGCGGGUUGCUAGUAAUCAUUAAAAUAUUACUUGUUAAACUAAGGAAAUAAAGUUUUUAACCUUUUGAUACCUCAGUCCCGACUCUGUGACAGAACAACAAAUAUAAUUGAAUUACGAGUACAACGAAAUUAUGUACGUAUUAUUAUGUCAACUCAAUACAUUGCACACCUUUAGUAAUUAAAUGGCAAAAUAAAUCGACAUAGAUCAUGUUACAAUUUUUUGCACUAUUAUAAUAAAUAAAAAAUCCCAAUAAAUAUA